AUGAGUAAAGCAAACCCGUUAGGCCUUAUCGCUGCUUACGGUGAUUCUGACGAAGAAUCUGAUGAUGGGGCCGCUGUGAAGGGUGACAACCGAGCUUAUUUGACCGCAUACGAAAACAAAACAACCACAGUACAGCCCGGCAUCCAUCCUUCGCCGAUAGCACAUUGUCCCUGGUCAGCGUGUUACGAUGAAAACACCGGCUUCACAUACUAUUGGAACCAACAAACCAAUGCGGUGACUUGGGAAGCACCAACCGAGUACCUCUUGGCUCUAAAACUUGCUCAACAGCAAUUAAAUACCGCAGGUUCUACAGAGGUAUCAGCCGAAGAAUGGCAACUCUACCAACAGGCGUUAGCAGAGAAACAAACACAGAAAACAACACCUAACAUUAAACCAGCCACAAAGAAGCCUGAAAAAAUAGUUAAAAGUAAUAAGAAACGGAGUAAAAGUGACGACGAAGAAAAAAUAGAACUUAUAACAUCAUACCACAACUCUGAUUCCGAGUCCAACGAUGAAACAGACAAGUCACCUUCACUACCAACACCCAAACCAAAUAAAAUAGCUAAAGUUAUACAGAAGAAACCUAGAACAUUGGACCAUAAGCUUCCUUUAUCAAAUCAGAACUACACAAUGCCCAUAGGACCAGAAUUACCGCCCGGAAUAGAAAAUAAGAUAGCCACUGAGAAGAAGGUAGAAAAUAUAUUAAAUGAGGAUGUAAAAUUGGCACAGAAAUCAGAAAACGAUUGUCCCGAGGAGAAAGUACUGCUUAGGAAAUUGAAAGAUAAAGCAAAGCUUCUAGAAAAACUAGGAGGAGAAUUGCCUUCAGACGUGCAAGAGAUAAUUAAAGAUGAUAUGAGAUCAUUGGACUCACCGAGAUCUGAUAAAGAUGUAACCGACAUUGAUGUUCUGUUAGAAGAAAUAGAAAAGAAAGAAUUACCCAAAGUUAAACCGAAGAGAAACGAAGGCGGAUCUAAAUCUGGCAGUAAUUCACCCAGAGAUAAAGUUUUAGAUGAUACGGAACCAAAAAAUACUUCCAACGGCCCCAGCUUGUUUCCCAGCGCCGCUUUCAUAGACAAAAAUAGCAUAGACAAAGAUACACCAGCCACAGACAAUCAGAAGAAGGAGAAUUUAUAUCUAAUGAACACAGACGCCAUAGAUAAUGUUAACAGAAAAAGAUUGCGUAUAUCAAACUCAGUGUUGCCAGAUCGGAAGCGGGAUAAAGUUGAAAUACCGACUUACACGACGAAGUAUGCGCAGUUUGUUGAGGGCGUUUCCAGCGAACGAACGGGCUUGGGAUUCAGUAAGGAUGAAGAAUGUACAGAGAGUCCAAAAAAUACUAUUAGCUACGGCAAUGGAUUGACAUUCACUAAAGGAGAGAUUUUGAACGAGGAAAAGAAAGAUGAGGAUUUAGAUGACUUGACCGAGCUUGUGGAGGCGAAAUUGAAGUUCCUCAGUCAGAUACAACCAUACACACUCACUACUGUGCAAGAAAUGAUGAUACAGAUGCAGACAUUGUUAUCGGCGUUCCGCGCGGGUGCAUUAUCCUCUUCGUACUGGCGGAAGUGGGCGGGCGGCGCGCGGUCCACGCUGGCUGCUCACGAGGCGGCCGCCGCGCCGCCCGGCUGGAAGUGCGUCUUCCUGAGGUACACACCCGCUUAUAUACCACCCCCACCCCAACCACAUCCCCACCACAUCGCUCUUGUCACGCCCACUGCGUAA